CUCCUAAUAUUUCACUCAUUCUCUUACAACUGUCCUUUCCAAAAUGUGGUUGAAUAGAAGUUUAUUAGGCUUUCUCUUCUUGACACUCUUUUAUUUGUUGCCUGUAGUAACUGGACAUUGCACUACCGUUACCAAAACACGGCAUUAUACUAAGACCAUUCGCCCUACAAAUUGCCCAAAGGCUACUACCACCACUACUACGUCUAUAACUACAACUACGUCCACAACAACUACAGUCACAACUUCAACCGUCACAGUACUCCCAGCUAUUGUAAAAAGAACGAAUAACCGGGUUAAAUGUAUUCCUGAUAAAAAAGUCUAUCAAUCUUCCAAAUGUAGUAAAUGUAAAAGGUGCAGGAAUAAACAUGACAAAAGGUGCAAAAAGAGGUAUAACGAAUGUAAAAAGUGCAAAGUUACCGUCUAUUGUACUCCAACCGUUACCUUGCCAUGUCAAAAGCCCAAAACUGUAACCACCACCGCUUUUGCAACCUCCACUGCAAUUGCUACUACCACUAUCACCAGUAUAUUCUCCACCAAUACUCCCACUUGCAAACCUGUUUGUGCUCUACUUGAUGCAUGUAACCUUGAUACCUUUCAAACUUGCUGUAAUUUAUGCUGCACUAGUAUAGGUGGUGUCAGUAAAUGUUGCAGCAGUGAUGGUUUGGGUAGCCAAUGUCCUAAUGCUAUCCACAAAAGAUUAAAAUCUUCUGAUUCAGACCGUCCAUAUAUGAUUAAAGAGGGUAAUAUUUUAGGGGUGGGUACAGAAAAGUUUUACGUAACUAGUCGAUCGGAAAAUAAUGAUCGAUUAACCGAUCAAAUUAACAUAUAA